CAUCGGCUGAGAAUAUAGACAGAGAGACCUGAGUUAACGCAUGCAUGCUGUAACUAAUACACAAUCAAAAAAGGGAAACGGAUUGGGUAUGGCUAAUGUCAUGUACGACAAGAAACUUGUUGAUUUUUGUUUUUGAUUUCUUUUUCUUGAUGCUUUUUUUCUUCUCUUUUUUGUCGCUCUCUCUCGACAAAUAUCAUUCUAUUCAUAUUAGUAUUUUUACUUUUAUUCUACAGAAUCUGGACUGCAUUAGUACUUGUUUGUAUUUUGGGUUUGGGAAAUUGUACGUUUGAGACAAAAUUAUGAUUUGUUUUUGAGACUAAAUUGACGAUUGAGGGCAUAUAUAUUGUUAUUAUUAUUUCUCCG